AUGUUGAACCUCUACCCACUUGCUACGCAUAGCGCCUGGAAUGGCCAGACGGUCUCGUACCCGCCCGGUACGGACUCGAUCGUAAACGAGAUCUUUGAGGCCACCAAGGGCACCGGCACUAAAGAAAAGGAGCUAAACAAGGCGUUGGGUGGCAAAACGGCCACGCAGCGCGGCUUUGUCGCCAAACGCUAUAAGGAGCUGCACAACCAGAGCCUGCGUGACUUGGUGGAUGAUGAGACGUCGGGUCACUACGAAUUCCUGCUUAAGCUACUGGCGUCGCCCUUGCCCGAGGCAGAGGCUGAUAUCCUACGCAAGGCUACCAAAGGUUUGGGUACAAAGGAGAACCUCAUUUACCCCGUAGUUGUGGGCCGCACCAAUGCGGAGAUCAACAUCCUUAAGAAGACGUACUACGAGGCACAUGGUGAGGACCUGGGCUCUGUGCUGGACAGCGACCUACACGGUGACUUCCAGACGGUGAUUCUGGCGUCACUGCAGGCUGCGCUGGUGCCAUACGACGCCAACAUCCACAACGCCGCCAAAGUAGAGGCCGACGUGGAAAAGCUUUACAAAUCGGGUCGCGGCAAGAUGGGCACGGACGAAGAGGGCUUUGUGAGUGUACUGGCGGCCAGCCCGCCCGAGCAUUUGCGCGCCGUGGCCACUGCAUACGAGAAGAAACACGGGGAGUCACUGGUGAAGGCUGCGGCCCACGAGUUUCGCGGUGAGGCUGAAAAGGCCGUGCUGUUUCUCAUUCGCAUGACGACGGAGCCCCUCGAGCUACUGGCUGAGCUGUUUGAUGAGGCAACAAAGGGCUUUGGCACCGACGAGAACGCGUUGAGUUCAGCUGUGGUACGCUAUCACAUCGUGCUUCGCGAUAUUAAGCCCGUUUACAAGAAGAAGUAUGGUAAGGAGCUGCGGGAUUGCAUUGCCAAGGAGGUAAGCGGCGACUACGGCGAUCUGCUGCUGUCGGUGUUCGACGCCCGCGACUAA